AUGGACAUCGAAACUGUCUUUCCAGGAGAUCCCUUGGAGACUACAGUCAAGUACGCAGGCGCCCAACUUGCCCCCUUUUCCGUGCCAUGGGCUAAGGGGAGAGUUCAGCUCUGCACUGGCUUCAAUACGCAGCGCUCCCAGAAUGAUGCUCUGUUUCUAACACGGUCGGCAUUCUGGGAUGUAGAGAGCGUUCCACUUCACUACCGUCAGUGUCAAUUGACCUCGAUCCGAGACGAGUCCGCCAGCGACAUCGCGAGUAAGUCGGAAAUCACCAGCUUCGCCGUCAGCGCCUCUGUUGGCGGGAGCUUUUUGGGCGCCUCUGGUCGUGGAAGCUAUGAGAAGAGCGUACGCGAGAAUAAAAAUAAAUCAAAUAUAAGCGUUCGGGCUGAGCACAUAUGCGGCCAGAUUGAUCUGGGACAUAUACCGAGGCUGGAUCUGGGCGCAAUUAGGCUGCUCAGUGAUUCUCCUGAUCCAAUCAAUGAAUUUCGUCGUGCGUACGGCGAUUUCUACGUUGCAGGUCUCAGGGUGGGAGCUGUGAACAACACCACCAUCUCAGGCGAGAUGGCUAACAAGUCCUUCUUCGAGGCGACGCGUCUGCAAUUGAAGAUCAAGGCACUCUUUUUGACACAUAACAAAUCUAUCGAUGAUGUAAAUCAAUCCAAGAGCAACAGCGGUGGCCUGAGUGUCGCCGCUUUCGAUUCGUUAACGGCAUUUUACUCUAAUUUCACGGCCCAUAACCUGGAGGACGGUCUCACCGCUGGGUACAUAGCUUCUGAUAACAAACAAAAGGCAAUGAAUCUCGGUAAUAGAGCGUCCGAGGUUCUGUUCAAGGAGUUUUCACUAGGGCUGAAUGGGGCAGUCUAUCAGGAUUCUGUAGAUCGACUCUGCGACCGUGGGCUUGUCACUGAGCUGUUGCUUGCCCCCUAUUCCUCGCUUCGAGAGUACCAAUCUCUGCUUUCGCUACGAUACAAUAGGCGAUAG